CAUCCCCAGAGCAAAGCCAACUGGAUUUCGUUUCUUUUGUUUUGGUGGACGAACGAUUUAUUCAAAACGGGGAACAAUCGCCCUCUGCAACAGUCAGACUUUUGGCCGCUGCACGACGAAGACAAAACUUGUCUAUUGACAGAACAACUGCAAUCACAAUGGACGAAAGAUCUUAAAAACGACAAAGACCCACGGUUAUGGAAAACAGCCAUGAAAGUGUUGUCACGCAAAGAACUCUGUAUAAUUGGUUUUGCUGGGUUUCUGGACUCGGUGGGGCGAUUUCUUCAGCCCUUUUUUUUGGGAGUUUUCAUUUCCACACUCGUGUCUAACACCCCAGAGCAAGCCCUGCUUGCUUGCUGUGCCCUGCUAAUGCUGUUGGUUGUAGUGAUGAAAAGUGUCGCCGUGCAUCACAGCAGUUUCAAACUUUAUGUAAUUGGGAUGCGAAUGAAGGCCUCGCUCAAAGGUCUUAUAUUCAAAAAGGUGAGUUUUCCUUCAUGUAAUAGAGCACGCUUUCCGGAUUUUGUCUGAGUUAAGUAAGAUUUAUGUCACUUUGCGGUUUGAACAACGAUGGGAACCAAAUAAUUAUUAGAGAUAAGAUGGGAUUUAGUAAUCAUUCUCACGGUACAGCUGAACUCUGGAUAACCGUUCUGAAUGAACGUUCAAUAUGUAAUUUGAGAGUGAGUAUCACUUAGACCUCCCAGGGACAGGGUAAUCCAGGUGAUUAGCUUCACCAAAGUGCAUACGAGGUCAGAUUUCCCUCCUUUACGACGUUAAUAACAACGUCACAGUCUCUUGUAGGGUCAGUUGUGUCCCAGAGUCAUCAUCAUCAUUCUUCGUUGUCUCGGACUGACUAGUCCUCGUUUGAGAAACAAACAAAGGUUUGAGACGCAUUUUCAUCUUAGAAGCUACCGUGAAUUACAUCUUGAUUACGUAUCGAACUUUAUUUGGGUAGUGAAUGUUUUUAAAUACACUGUACCAAUAGUGUACUUAGGUCAUUCAGAGCUUCCUACGUAGACAUUCCUUAAGUGCCUCGUCACGUUUUCGGCUUCCGGUGUGAUUUUGGGGGAAUGCUGAUUUGUUUAAAGCUACUAGGAUAAACCAUCAUACACCGUCCUUAUUAAGACUGGCAUUCAUUCUUUUUCGUUAAUGUAUCAAACGGACACCUGUUGAGUGUACAAUAACCGAAGUCCUUAACUGCACCCCUUACCCUAAGGCCCCUACAUUAGCAGUAUUCGUAUUUAAAAAAGGUACCUCAACAACGACCACACCCAAAUAAGUGUAAAUAGAAGAAUAAAACGGCAGAGGAAAAAACAUGACUAGAGAGGAUCAGAGAGGUUUUCUAGUCCUUAACUCUUUGUUCGCUCCUUUCUUUGCUGCCUUUUUAUAUGUGUUUGUAAAAAGAAACACCUAUUUGAAGCGGAAUGCUGGGAAUGAGAGGAUGCGAAUACGCACAAUUUGACUUGCGAGGUGACUUAUAUACGGUCUCUAAAAAUGUACAACGAUACAGGUGAGCUAUUGUAGCAAGGUGGGACUUUCCACGUUCCUCUGGAUAAUGUAUGUAUUAUAUACGAAAAAAUUGAAAAUUGCAAAGGCUUACAGAUCGGAAGAAUUGAGAGUCUCAGUAAACGAUUAUUCAUGUGUAAGAGGAUCUGACAUUCUCUAUCGAAAUACUGAAGUAGCUUACAGUAGAUAAAUUGGACUGACAAACAUAGGCUUGAUUGUAUCCUCGUUCUCAAUCUCUAGAUUCUGCUCCUUGGUCAACAAACACUGAACGGAUUUACUAAGGGUCACGUGAUUGAUCUCGUGUCCAAUGAUCUUCAAAGAAUGGAGCAAGCUGCAAGGCAGUUCUUUCGGCUCCUCGUCGCCAUCUUCGAUGUCACUGUUGCUGUUCCGUUGAUGUGGCACUUCAUAGGUUGGCAGGCGUUAAUGAGUCUCGUGUUCUUGCUUCUUCUGGUGCCAUUUGGUGGCUUCCUUACAUACCUUGCUGGAAAGCUCCGACUAAAGACCGCUGCUGUUUCAGAUAGGCGAAUAAACCUUAUGGCUGAGAUAGUGGCUGGAAUACGUGAAGUGAAGACUCAUGCGUUGGAAUGGUUCUUUCUGGAACAAAUCCGGGAGACUCGAAAGUAA